ACUCAAGACUCGCUCACGCAAGCGAUCACACUCCCAGCCCAAGCCCAAGCCCAACGCUCAGAAAUUAACAACCACCGCCACUACAACUACCACCGCGUUGCUGAACGUUGACGAGGUCGUCAACCAUUCCGCCAGUCUGGAUCACGAGUCGUCGCUGAGUCACCAGUCCGAGUUGGCCACCGCCGCGGAAGGAGGAGGAGAGAGCAAAGAGAGAGAGAGCGAGAGCAUCGUGUCGGUCGAGACUACCGCUGAUGCUGCUUCGGUUCUUUUCCGUGACGAGCCGGAGUCCAACCGGAAGCGCGUUGAGCGAACCGAUGAGGACCGAACCGGGCUUGGUCUAGACCUUACGCUUGGGUUCGAACCGGUUUCUUCUUCGGCACGUGCGGAUCACGUGGUUCCCGUUAAGAAGAGGAGGUUCGAUUUGAAGGAUUAUGGUGUUGGGUCGGGUGAGAUGGGGCUUGGGCUUGAAUGCCCGGCUUGAGUGGUGAUGGUCCGGGUCAGCUCAAUCAGUUUUGACUCAGUCAAUCGGCUUUUGUUUUGUUUUAGUUUUUUCCUUUAACCUUUUUUUAAUUAGUUUUUGUUUUUAAGGGGUUAUUAUUAACCCUUUCUUCUUGUGAAUGUGAGUGAUGUACAAACUACAAACAUGGAUGCUAAUGGUAUGUAGAGGAAAAUUUACAUCUUCAAAAAUGACAACCUUUAGUUGUCCAUAUAUGUUAGUUUCGGCAGGCAGAUAAAUAAUAAUAAUAAUAAUACCAAUUAAAAAUGA